GCCUAAUCAAGAUUGAAAAACAUAAGUCUUCGGCCUGCAUGUGUGUGCGUGCGUGUGUGCAUUAUCGCUGGUUCUUUCAAACGUUGAAGAAGGGACAGAAAUAGCACAAGUCAAGCAAGGUACCUAGAAAGAGCUGCAGUGCCGCGCAGACCCAGAGUAGUAGACAGGACAUCUACCAGCAUCCAUCAUCAACGCGAGCUCCCCAAUAUCAAUCAUGGCUGUGAAUUUUCCAUGGAUCUACCCUGUUCGGGUAAUCCAGGCCCUCUUCGGAAUAAUCGUCCUUGCUUUAACCGCAUACUACAUCAGUUGGUUCGUGUAUAGUAGCGACUCGCCCAAUUUCAUGCUUUUCGUGGCGUGCUGGACAGCCUUCCUCGCAACUCCUUAUCUUGCCUUGGCGCCGGUGUUCUUCCCCCAGUUUGCGCAUCGCAUCGUCAUCCCAGCUGUCGAAAUGAUUACCAUGAUAUUCUGGUUCGCAGGAUUCAUCGCCCUAGCCGUAUUCCUCCCACCAACAGAAGCCUGUCACUGGAGCCGUUGCAGUGCGUUACAGGCCGCAGUUGUGUUUGGUGCAUUCGAGUGGGUACUAUUUCUGGUUACUUCCGUUUUCGCUGUCCUCGGCAUCUCGCGUACCCGGUCCAGCUCCAGUACGAAGCCCACCCCUAACGAUCAUACCCACGUUGGCGUCUAAAUGGAGUCGAUAGUGACGGUUCCAUGAUACAUUUUCGAAAUGAAAGGUAGAGCGACUAUUCGGCUAGCAGCGGAGGAAGCCCUGAAUCAGCCGGUAGUAUGAUAAUGACGUCAUUGUUAUGAACAACUACUACGUCGCCAGUGAUUCAGGGACAGCGAGGUUGGCGACGGUAAUGACAAUGAUGAUUUGGGAUACUCG